AUGGCAGCCCUCGUGGACAACCCGCAGAUCAAGCAUGCGGAGUUGCUUCGUCCGCUGCCCUUCCACUUCCACGCCUACGUCUGGCCCUUUGCCAUUCUGUGGCCCAUCUUCCUGAGGUACUAUCUGACCCCGGAUCUCUACGAAAAGCACAUUGGCGCCUCCGAAUGGACCUUCGUCUGGUGCGGGACCAUCAUCACCCUCCAGUCUCUCGUUUGGCUGAGCACCCACUGGAGCGUCGGUCUGGAUGCGCGAUUCACUGCGACCAAGGUCCAGGACAAGGAUAUCCAGGAUGCUCAGUUAGUCAAGGUUAUUCCCAUUGCGAACGCCGGCUCCAGCGAAAUCUGCAAGCUGUUGCGGGACAAGGUUGGGGGCAAGACCAAUCUCUCAUUCCUGUUCCAGAAACGCCGUUUCCUCUAUGAUCCGGAUACCAAGACCUUUAAGACCCUCACCUAUCCCAUCGAUGGCGAGCCGAAGCCUACCAUUGGACAGUUCCAGGCUUCCAAGGGUAUCGACAAGCAGUCCGAGUUGACUCGUAUCGAGCAACAUUAUGGCACAAACACCUUCGAUAUCCCCGUCCCGACAUUUACAGAACUCUUCAAAGAGCAUGCCGUCGCGCCCUUCUUCGUCUUCCAGAUCUUCUGCGUUGGCUUGUGGAUGCUCGAUGAGUACUGGUACUACUCGCUGUUCACUCUGUUCAUGCUUGUCGCAUUUGAGAGCACUGUCGUCUGGCAACGCCAGCGCACCUUGAACGAGUUCCGUGGAAUGAGCAUUAAGCCCUACGAUGUUUGGGUCUACCGUCUCGGCAAAUGGACCGAGGUUCAGAGCGAUGCGCUCUUGCCCGGUGACCUUGUGUCCGUUGGCCGAACCAAGGAAGACAGCGGCGUCGCAUGCGAUAUGCUCUUGGUCGAAGGUACUGCGAUUGUCAACGAGGCCAUGCUUUCCGGAGAAAGUACCCCGCUGCUCAAGGACUCGAUUCAGCUGCGCCCGGCCGAUGCUCUCCUUGAGACGGAGGGACUCGACAAGAACGCCUUCUUGUGGGGUGGCACCAAAGUUCUCCAAAUCACCCAUGGAAACCCUGACCAGGAGAAGCCCAAGUUGGCUUCAGGCGUCCCUGCUGCCCCCGACAAUGGAGCUUUGGCUAUUGUUAUUAAGACUGGCUUCGAGACUUCUCAAGGCAGCCUUGUCCGAACCAUGAUCUACUCCACUGAGCGUGUGUCUGCCAACAACUUUGAGGCCCUCCUGUUCAUCCUGUUUCUUCUUGUUUUCGCGAUCGCUGCCUCCUGUGUCGUGCCUCCCGAGCUGCCAAUGGAGCUUAGUCUCGCAGUCAACACUAGUUUGGCAGCCCUUGCCAAACUGGCCAUCUUCUGCACAGAGCCAUUCCGAAUUCCCUUUGCUGGACGUGUCGAUAUCGCUUGUUUCGACAAGACUGGAACGCUCACCGGUGAAGACUUGGUUGUGGAAGGCAUUGCUGGACUCGGCCUGAACCAUUCCGACGUUGAGGACAAGCGAGAAGGCGAUGGCGCCCACUCUACCAUCAUUGCGGUCAAGGAAGCUAGCUUGGAGACCCAACUGGUACUCGCUACCGCUCACGCUUUGGUGCGACUGGAUGAAGGUGACAUUGUGGGAGACCCAAUGGAGAAGGCUACUCUUACUUCUCUUGGCUGGGGCGUUGGCCGCAAUGACGUUCUCUCAAGCACUCCCAAGGCUGGUACUACCCAAGGCAACGUUCACAUCAAGCGCCGUUUCCAGUUCUCCUCCGCACUUAAGCGCCAGAGCUCCGUUGCUUUUGUCAAUGGAAUUCACACCGCCACCGGUCAAAAGAUCAAGGGUACCUUUGCUGGUGUCAAGGGUGCUCCCGAGACUAUCCAGAAGAUGCUCGUUGAGGUGCCCGCUGAUUACGAGGAGACGUACAAGUACUUCACACGCAAGGGAUCCCGAGUUCUCGCACUGGCAUACAAGCAACUGACUGUUGAUUCCGAAUUGGGCUCUGGCAAAAUUAACGACCUCAAGCGAGAGAAGGUUGAGGCUGAUCUCACAUUCGCUGGCUUUUUGGUACUUCACUGCCCCCUCAAGGAAGACGCCAAGGAGGCUGUUCAGAUGCUCAACGAGAGUAGCCACCGUGUUGUCAUGAUUACCGGUGACAAUCCUCUUACAGCUGUGCACGUUGCCCGUGAAGUCGAAAUUGUUGACCGCGAUGUUCUUAUUCUGGACGCCCCCGAGGAUAACCAUGGUGGCGAGCAGCUUAUUUGGAAGAGCGUUGACGACAAGGUUACCAUUCAUGUGGAUCCUUCAAAGCCCAUCGACCCGGAGAUUCUCAAGAACAAGGAUAUUUGCGUGACCGGAUAUGCUCUUGCCAAGUACAAGGGCCAGCCUGGAUGGAAGGACAUUCUCCGCUAUACCUGGGUCUAUGCUCGUGUGUCACCAAAACAAAAGGAAGAUAUUCUGCUCGGUCUGAAGGAUAUGGGUUACUAUACCUUGAUGGCUGGUGACGGCACCAACGAUGUCGGUGCUUUGAAACAGGCUCACAUUGGUAUUGCUCUCCUCAACGGUACCAAGGAUGACUUGACUCGCAUCGCAGAGCACGCCCGCAACACCAAACUCAAGGAAAUGUACCAGAAGCAAUGCGAGCUCAUGAAGCGCUUCAACCAACCUGCACCCCCUGUCCCCGUCAUGAUUGCCCACCUCUACGCACCUGGACCUACCAACCCCCACUACCAAAAGGCCAUUGAGCGCGAAGCUACCAGGAAGAAGAUUACGCCUGAGGAAUACAUCAAGCAGCAUGGCCACUCUGUGGAAACCAUUACUACUCCCGGCGCUCAGAAUCUCAUCAACGAUCGUCAGCAACAAGUCAACAAGAAGGCGGCUAGUUUGGCUGACCAACUGACCAGCAGCAUGAUGGAGGCUGAGAUGGGUGAUGAUGAGCCCCCGACUUUGAAACUGGGAGACGCCUCCGUCGCUGCUCCGUUCACCUCCAAGCUUCGCGAUGUCAUGGCUAUUCCCAACAUUAUUCGUCAAGGCCGAUGCACCCUCGUCGCCACAAUCCAGAUGUACAAGAUUCUUGCUCUGAAUUGUCUGAUCAGUGCCUACUCCCUGUCUGUUUUGUACCUUGAGGGUAUCAAAUUCGGCGAUACUCAGUACACCAUCAGCGGUAUGCUCAUGUCUGUUUGCUUCUUGAGCAUCUCCCGAGCUCGCGUUGUGGAGGGACUCAGCAAAGAGCGACCUCAACCCAACAUUUUCAACGUCUACAUCAUCGGAUCUAUUCUGGGACAAUUCGCUGUUCAUAUUGUGACUCUCAUCUACAUUGCUCGUUUGUGCGACAGACUUGAACCACGCUCUGGAGAUAUUGAUCUGGAGGCUGAGUUUACGCCGUCGCUGCUCAACUCUGCAAUCUACUUGCUGCAGCUGAUUCAGCAAAUUUCUACCUUCGCCAUCAACUACCAGGGUCGACCCUUCCGCGAGUCCAUUACUGAGAACAGGGCCAUGUUCUAUGGUAUCGUCGGUGUCUCCGGUCUCGCCUUCGUCUGCGCUCUCGAGCUGAUGCCCGAAAUCAACGAACAAAUGAAGCUGGUGCCUUUCUCCGACGAGUUCAAGACCAAGAUGUCUACCGUCAUGGUUCUGGACUACGUGCUCUGCUGGCUCAUUGAAGUCGUUUUGAAGAGGUUCUUCAGCGACUACCGCCCGCGUGACAUCGCCGAGCGCCGCCCUGAGCAGCUCAAGCGCGAGAUGGAGCGCAAGAAGGAGGUGGAGCGGAAGAAGGCUGAGCAGGACGACAAGGAGAGGCUGGAGAAGGUGGCCGAGUUUGAGAGGAGGGUUGAGGAGCGCAAGAGGAAGAUUGAGGCGUGGGCUACUGGCCGUCAGCAGCCGCCGGCGGUGGCGUCUGGAUCAUCAUGA